AUCAGAUAACAUAAAUUCUACGCAAAUAUAUAAUUAGGUAGAAAAGGGAUAAACGAAGUGCAAGAAGGACGUCUCCAUCCAUUAUGAGAAUGGAAGUGGAGUGAUUGGUAUUAUACACCUUCCGGAGAAGUUGUACAACAGCAUCUCUGCGGACGAGCUGAGCACGAACCAAGGUAGAGGCCUUACUGAACACCCAGCCAAUCGCAUCGCUAGGAAACAAUCCCUGAGAUGAAAAGCGCAAUCAUUCGCUUCCGUCCGAAUACGAGAAAGAUGACAGAUGCAGCAGUGGCAGCUGCGAGUAUUUGAAGCGGUGGCAAAUACUGUCAGAUAUCAACGGUAUUGACCUACACAAUUGGGUUUCUUUCAGAUGCUGAAUGAGUUGCCCAACCGUAGGGAUAUCACGCUGUGGGUCCAGAAGGAUUCUGUGAUGAGGCAUCGGUUGCACGGCAUCGCUAGGGUUUUUCUCGACAAGGGAUUCCCACGAGAGCGUAUGUUCUUUGGCGACUCGGGCCUAUCCGAUUUACACAGAACGAAUUUUUGUUUAGUUUCGAGUUUCUGUUUGGUUUCAGAACUAUUACGGGUCAAAAAUGUAUGGCCCUUGUGGAUCGUGAUGUCCCUUGUGCUGUGGAGGCUUUUGUGGUGGCUGCUGCUGAGCAAUAACGACAGGGGCUAUGCCUUCCAUUAAAAAUCCUGUGACUCCUGCAGAAAUCUUGA